AUGGACGUUGACGGUCGCCUCCGGCGCGCGCUCGCCGCCUUCGGAGGCGGAGACGUGUGGGACCUCGUCGACGCCGCGCUCGCCGCGGCAGCGCCAGCCGAGCUCCGCGCGCGCCGCGACGGCAUCGUAGAGCGGCUCUACGCCGCGGGGCGCUGCCGCAACUGCGACGACCCUGAGCGUCCACUGCAGCAGCUGCCACCGCGUCAGCCGGCCGAGGCGGCGUCUCCGGCCUCGCAAGAGGCGGAGGAGGAGGAUGCAUACGUGGAUGGCCUCGGCGAGGACGAGGAGGCUGACGAGGGCGCUGGCUUGGAGAGCAAGAUCCUGGCGAUCAGGGACUUCCUGGAGGACCCCGACCAGUCGGAGGACGAGCUGGUCAGCCUGCUGCAGAACCUGGCAGACAUGGACAUCACCUACAAGGCUCUCCAGGAGACGGACAUUGGCCGGCAUGUGAAUGGCCUGCGCAAGAACCCUUCAGGCGAGGUCCGGCAGUUGGUGAAGCUACUCGUCAGGAAAUGGAAGGAGAUAGUGGACGGCUGGGUGCGGCUCCACAACUCCAGUGGCAGCUCGAUCCUAUCUGAUGGUGACUCGCCCGAGAAUACCCAAGCCCAAGGCAAAAGCUACCAAAAUGCUCAGGUUUCAGAUUUCAAAUAUUCGCCCAGCCCACCACCACAGAGGCAAAAUGGUUUGAGCUCAGAGCGAUCUAGGUCUAAAUCUAGCAAUAACAGUAACAAUGGAUUUGAGGCGACAAUGGAGAAGCGUAGAGCAAGCCCUGCUCCCACAUAUAAUAUGAAACCGAACAACAGCAGCAACUAUUCAACUACUUCGUCAUCUGCUCCAGCUAGGACAAUAAGGGAACCGAAGGAUAAUAAUUUGGAUCUUGAGAAGCUCGAUUCGGCCAGAAAGAGGCUUCAUGAAAAUUACCAGGAAAUACAAAAUGCAAAAAAGCAGAGGACGAUGCAGGUGUUGGAUAUCCACGAAUUACCAAAGCCAAAAAAUAAAAACACCUUCAUCCGCAAGGGCGGCGGAGGUGGCCUCCCAGGACGACGUUGACCUAUCUGACCUGACCAACAUGCAAAUUCGUAGCCAUGAAAAGGUCAAAAUGAAAAUUAAAUGAGAAUAUGGAAGGUUUAUGUUUAUUCUUUUGGUUUAGUAUCAGCACUGUUAAGUUGCCACCGGUCAUGUUCCACUAAAAUGUUGUUCAGAAUAUCACGCUAAGAUUGUGGUUCUUCUCUCAACAAGGGAAAAUAACAAAGGUUAUAUAUAUUACGCAUUUCUGUUGUA